AUGGCAUCAGAACUGGCAAUGAGCAACUCCGACCUGCCCACCAGUCCCCUGGCCAUGGAAUAUGUUAAUGACUUCGAUCUGAUGAAGUUUGAAGUGAAAAAGGAGCCGGUGGAGCCGGAUCGCAGCAUCAGCCAGUGCAGCCGUCUGAUCACCGGGGGAUCCUUGUCUUCCACCCCGAUGAGCACGCCUUGCAGCUCGGUUCCCCCUUCCCCAAGCUUUUCGGCGCCCAGCCCGGGCUCCGGGAGCGAGCAGAAGGCUCACCUGGAGGAUUUUUACUGGAUGAGCGGCUACCAACAGCAGCUGAAUCCCGAAGCGCUGGGCUUCAGCCCCGAAGACGCGGUAGAGGCGCUGAUCAGCAGCAGCCACCAGCUCCAGUCCUUCGAUGGCUAUGCUAGAGGGCAGCAGUUUGCCGGGUCGGCCGGGGCAGGAGGCGGCAUGGCCGGGGAGGAGAUGGGCUCAGCAGCCGCUGUGGUAUCGGCUGUUAUCGCCGCAGCAGCUGCGCAGAACGGAGGUCCCCACCACCACCACCACCAUCACCACCACGCCGGGGGACACCACCCCUCCACCGGGGUCCCGUCCAACGCUAGCUCGGCGGGCAGCCACCAACACAUGGGACACCUGGACCUGGACGACCGGUUUUCGGACGACCAGCUGGUGACCAUGUCAGUACGGGAGCUGAACCGACACCUCCGCGGGGUCAGCAAGGAGGAGGUGAUCCGGCUGAAACAGAAGAGGAGGACCCUAAAGAACAGAGGCUAUGCCCAGUCAUGCCGCUACAAGCGGGUCCAGCAGAGACAUGUUCUGGAGGGUGAGAAGACGCAGCUGGUCCAGCAGGUGGACCACCUCAAGGCGGAGAUGUCGCGGCUGGCCAGGGAGAGGGACGCAUACAAGGACAAGUACGAGAAGCUCAUCACCAACGGCUUCAGAGAAAACGGCUCCAGCAGUGACAACACCCCCUCAUCCCCAGAGUUCUUCAUGACGUCGAGAAAGUUCCUCCAUCUGUGA